AUGUGGGUCCAAGAUUCGGACGGCGGCUUCUUCGAAGACUUCACCGCCCUCUCGUGGAAGCAGGAGAACCGGCGCCUGCAGGCAUCACGAGAGGAUGACGCCGACAAGGAAAAGCCAAUACCGACGGAGACUGAGCUCGGUAUCGCUCAUCAGGAGUACCAGAUUAACAAGAAAGAGUGGGAGGAGCUGUACGUGGAGGUGCUGUACACGAUUGAACACAAGCUCGGCUGCUCUGGUGGCGUCAGCCCUGGAGAGCUGCACGGGUACGCCCAGGCGGCGUUCGGCAUGCCGCCCGACAACCACCGGCGCCUCCUGGGAUUGGCGAGAGAGGAGAAGCCGCCCAUACCGGUGCUCAACGUGACCGUGGUCGAGGCACAGGGGCUCGAGGCCAAGGACCCGAACGGAUACAGCGACCCCUACUGCAUGCUCGGAAUACAGCCGUGUUUCAACUCUGAUCCCCAGAGGCGCCGACGCCGCAGCAGCAGCGCCACUAGCGGCUGCGGCUCGGACGAGGAACCGCCUUCCGGGGGACGUUCGCCCGCCGGCAGCGCCACCGGUUCACCGCGGCGCUCGCUGCGUAAGCUGGGCGCGUCGUUCCAGAAGCGCGAGCCUCGGAGCGGCUCUCUGGAGGGUGUCACCGUGCCGGCAAAGUUCAUACGCACCACGACCGUCAAGCCGGCCACGCUCAACCCGCGCUGGAACGAGAGGUUCCGGCUGGACAUCGACGAUAUUUAUACAGAUCGACUUCACCUCGACGUCUGGGACCACGAUGACGAGAGCUCGGUGUUCGACGCCGCGCGCAAGCUCAACGAGGUGACGGGCUUCAAGGGCCUGGGCCGAUACUUCAAGCAGAUCGCCCAGUCGGCCCGUUCCAGUCCCGCCGACACCGUCGACGACUUCCUCGGGUGCGUCAACGUCCCGCUCGAGGACAUCCCAUCCUCGGGACUGGAUCAAUGGUUUCCCCUGCAGGGCCGUUCUCAGCGCUCCACCAUCCAGGGCCAGAUACGACUCAAGCUCAGCCUGGGCACCAGGGAGGACCGUGGCAUGGCCGCCUCCAUCGACGACAACUGGAAGGAGGUUGUCGAGCACCAGGAACUGCUCUGGAUAUUCAUCGAGCAUGAACUCAGGCAGCUAGAGUGCCCCAGCUACGAGUGGGCCGGGGACCUACCGGCGCCGGCGCUGACCAUUCUUCAGCAGCACGCCAUACAGGGAGACCUCACGGAGUUGCAGCAGGCCAUUUGCCGAUGGGUGAUGUACUCACGAAAGCACAUGGCCGUCUCCCUCGACUACGCGCUGUUGUGGCAGCUGCUGGACGACCUGGACCGUGCCUGGGACGACUCGGAUCGACCGUUAUCAAGGGACGAGGACGCAGUUGUCAUCGGGGGAACACGGACAGCCGCAGCUGUCUUGGUUAAUGACGUGGACGAAGACUACGGCAGUGGUGACACCUGCGUGACAGAAAUAAGCGUCGAGUUUCAGCCCACCGAGCUUGCGGGUCACCAGAAGGAGCACAGGCAUCCAGGCAUCAAGCGGAAGUUCGUGAAGUUUUGGAAGAAGCGCAAAAGCAGUUGGUCAUCCUUGCGUGCCGGUGUGAAAAGACAAGUUCCACGAUUGGAAGAAGAGCGAGAGCUCGUGGACCCAAACCAAGACAUUCCAAUACGCGAAAGGCUUGUGAUUCAAGCUGAAGUUAAGGAAGACACGACUCCGAGGUUGUCGAAGAAAGAAGAUUCAUCGGCGAACCAGUACGGGCCGGAGAGACAACAGAGGCGCGUGUUUUUUAUACUCACGGGUUUCGAGGCCUGCCUCGCCGAGUCCUUCAACGUGUUCAUCGACUACUGCCUGGAGCUGCUUCAGAAGCACCGGGACCUGUUCCCUUUGACCCACGAGGAAGCCGAACACAAGCUGGUCCACCUGCUCAAAUGCCUAGCACUCAUCUACUCGAUGAAGGCGUUCCAAUGGUCCUGCCCCUUCAGAAACCAGCUCACCGUCGAGAUCACGAACACGCUCAAGAAAGGCUGUGCAGACUGGUUCCGGUGCACCCACGCCCUCCAUCAACCAUUAGUAUUGACGGAACAGACUGUACUGGCCAGUUUAACCGAACUGACCAACGCUCUCAAUGCUGACCUGCACAAGGGCAUCAAGUACUACAACGCAGUCUUUGAAACGUAUGUGGGCGUAAACUACACGGCAGUUGUGUACAAGCAGCUGGAGAAACUGGCUGGCGCCGAGCUUCCGGCCAAGGUGCAAGAGGUGUGUGGCCAGGUGAACGCCAUUGACUCAGCGGCUCAGGAGCUUUCGCAGGAACACAUCUCCAUGGGUGCAGCCCUGUUCGAGCUGUACAUGGCCCUGCAGGAGUUCGUGAGAUUUCGGGAACACAUACCGCAGGAGGACUGGCCGCAGCUAACUAUGCUGAACUUUCACCUUUGGUUCGCCGACUCGGUUCAAGGAUGGUUCGCAGUCGCCAAGGUCAAGGCCCGGCAAAGGAUACGCAAGGCCCUGGAACUAGACAGGAUCAAGUGCAUCGACUCCUACGUUCAACACAGCACAUCCGCCGUGGAUACAACUACAUGCUUUGGCCAAAUCAAACAAUUUUGGAGGCAGCUAGCAUGGCCCGACCUGAAAGGAUCUUACCCUUUUGUCUUCAAAAUUCUUGAGGCUGUCUGUGACGGAGCCAUGUUUUACGCCAACCUAUGCCACCAGAAGCUCUUGAACGCGGGCUACUAUGAUGAAGAAGGCCAGUUCGACGUCUCGGAAGAGGUGUGCAUCGUGAUCAACAACAUGGAGUAUGUGCGGCGAGCUUUGAAGCCUCUCCACAACGAGCUCGAGCUGGAGCCAAUCAUCGCUGCCAUCGAGCAAGCUGAAGGAGAUCGCGCUGCCGACAAGUGUCGAGCUGCAUUCCAGGCUUUGUUGCACAAUGCUGACGAGGAUGUUGUCCACAAGAUCCUUACCAUAAUAGCCGGACUCUCUGAAAAGAUGCGGCCCGAGAUCAAGAAGUUUCUGUUUCACCUGGCGUGGGCACCAGAACGUCUAGAUGCUGACAGUGCGCUGGGUCCAUUAAUAGACUACCUGGACAACAACCUCCGGACGCUGUACGAGUCGCUGAUGAAGGUCAACUUCUAUCGAACCUUGGAAGCCGUCUGGAGGGUUGUGCUGCAGGAACUCAUGCUUACCGCCAGAAACAAUCUCGGGGAGCGGGUGGUAUUCUUCCAGCGCCUCUUCUCGUCUCUGGGCGUGCUCCUGGAGUUCUUCCACGCCGAGGACAAAGGCCUGUCCCUUAAGUCGCUACACAGCCUGCCGUAUCAAGAUCUGGACAGGCUGCUCAAACUGCACAAGGCCGACACCGCAGAUCUCAUCGAGCUGUACUGCCUGCAGAGGCUCGAGGAACAGAAUCGGCAGAUCCAGUCGGGCAUUGCUCCUUUUGGAACGCUCACCGUACGGCUCAGCUACAAUGCCGCAGCUGAGUGCCUCUGUGUGGAUGUAAUGAACGCCCGGGAUCUGCAGCCUCUGGAUCCUAAUGGUGAUGAAGAGAGCUACAGCGACCCUUUCGUCAUUCUGGAGAUCCUGCCUCGGCACAUGUUUCCCGACUGCCCCCAGCAGAGGACCCGGGUGCAAAAGAAGACACUCUAUCCUCUCUUCGACGAAAGCUUCGAAUUCUCUGUGGGCCAGGAAAGGUGCCGCCAAGCGGUGGCCAUACUGAGCUUCACGGUGAUGGACCACGACAUGAUGACCAGGAACGACUUCGAAGGCGAAGCCUUCUAUGCGCUGGCUGCGGUGGCGGGUGUCGAGGACUCCGUACCCAUCGCCCCUUCGCAGCCUGUCGACUUGCCACUACUGCAGCCAAAGGAGAAAAACGAGAUUAUGUGUGCACUGGAGAGCCGGGCGUGGGACAAGGAUGCCCUGGAAUUCGUGAGGCAGCAGAAGAAGAAGAAGUCCUGAGUGGGGCUCCAGCGACGCCACACGCUCGGCGCCCCCUCUCGCCAAACCAGCACUCCUCGCCGCCGCACCAAGUGCCAUCACCUCCUCUCUUGCCUCGCCCCGCCGCCUUUCACUGUGUCCGCUCACGACUCGUCGGGCUGCGUGCCAUUCAUGCGACUGGGGUGACUUUGUCCGAACGACCGAAAUGUGCUGAGUUGCGAGAAAAGUCUGAAAGCAGGGGAGUUCAAGCGUUUUUGAGAUCGUCUACCCUGGGGAUGCCUUUGUAGGCCUAACGUUAGGUUUAGCGUUAAGCCUAGCGAGAGCUACAUCUUAGACAAGUUGGAAAUCCAACCAUUCAGUGUGAUUGCACUACAAAAAAAAGUUAUGUUUUGCAGAGAAUACAACACACCCGGCAGAACACAAGAUACGCUUGGUGUGUCUUCUGCGGUCCGUGUUUCUUCCUAUUUUUUGCACAUUUGUACUGAAUUAGGCCUAUCAUCAGAUAUUUUGUUUAAGCUCUGCUUUAGCCAAGGAAGGUAUGGUACCUCCUUUGCGGAAUGCUAAGCCUAACGUUAAGUCUGAUAGCUAUUCAACUGUAGGCCCUUUGUUAAUCGUAUAGUUAUUUUGAGGAAUUAUGUCAGCAACUAGACUUAAUGCGAAGCCUCCUGUUAGGGCUAGCUUUAGCUGCGCGUUGAACUUGGAAUUGGCUCUAUCGUUGGGGCUCAAGCCAGGCCAAGAGCUUAGGCCUUUCUCGCCUGCGCUGCUGCAUAGACGAUCGUCUGUUUUGACUUGCUACAACUACAAAAUUACUCAUUUGGGGUGACUGCUAGUUCGGAUGAAGCAGAGAAUAUAAUGAGUUUUACUGUUGCAGCAUUCGCUAUGUGUUUAGGUUAAUAUUACAUCGUGAAAGUACGUAAGCAUUUGGAAUGCCUUUACUCCACUGUACGUACUUGUCGGACCACAAAUGACGAUUGAAUCAAAGGCCCGGUGCUUUUGAGCCAACUUGAACGUGUGAGUUGGCUCAUAGCCCUCUUUAAUGACACUUUUCGUCUGCUUUCUAUGGGCGCUUUUUGGCCAAUGGUAAUUAUUUUUUUAGAGUAAUCAUCUUCCAACUUUUGAGCUGCAUGUGGCAAUCGAGUAACUUCUUUUGAGCCCUGUUGCAGUUGAACGACUGCUACUUUGUAAAUAGCGUGAUAUCAGCGACUUAAAUUGAUGUGUGUGUACAGGAGUCGCCAACAGCGAAACAGGGCGCUAACAUACGCUUCGCUUCAUCAGCAGCUAUGCUGUUCCGGUAGUUUGAAGACUGCUAUACUUUUAUUAUUGUUCUUUUCUAGUCGUCCUUUCAAUGCUUUCAUGACGUCACUUCUUAAGAUCUAGUGAACCACACGGAACCAAUUGUGUUGAUGUAAAUGUGAUCCCUUAGUUUUCUCAAAAAAUUUGCGGCAUAAUACAAUCGAAAUGCAAUCUCUUAAAGUUAUCAAAGUUUUACAGUUUGACUGACUAUUGUAACAAGUCAUGAGCCUUGUUACAAUAUGUGUUUGUAAUGAACAGUUUUAUAAUGAGUCACCAUUAUUCGUUUCAUAUAUAAAUGCGUUUUUUAAUAUCCCUGAAUUUUGUGGCUUAACUACUGUGUAUAUGAAAAAUUUGGAAAAUUCUAGUCAUGGAAAGGUAAGCAGGGCAUCUCAUGAGAAUAAACUGUUGAAUUGACAGAGUCAGCAUUGUGCUAAAAAUAAUAUUGGCCUAAAAAUGACGUGACUAAGGUAUGUCGUCCUUAUGAACAUGACAUGCAUUUUUCAAUACAAUUUAUCUCAGCUUGCAGCACUUAACAAUUGUGAUGUAUCAAGUGCAUCUAUUUCCUUCCCUUCGUGGGUGUUUAUUCCUCCUAAACUCAUUCAGUUGAAGGAGUUUGUUCAAGUCAUCCAUUUGCUAAACCACAUAUGCUACACAGUCGUAAAUUAAUGGUUUUCGCAAGGAUGCUCUUCGUAUCAAUUUGUAUUUGUUUACAAUCUGCGAAUUCACAUAUCCUCACUUCUCCCAUAUACUAUAUCAAUUUUAUCUUUGUUGAUGUACAAGCAUCAUUAUUCUAGUGAUGAACUGGAGAUUAGUUUGAUAAUAUUGCUUGAUCUGACACAUGCAUAUCAUGAAGCUAACCGUGUGAAGGUCGCAAUGACAUUUGCUGUCCAGUGUUACAUGCUGAUUUGAGUGCAACAUAAUGUGUGAAAACACAAGCAAACGGAAGCAUUAAUGACAUUUUCGGAAGUUACCGUUCAAAUCACACCAAGCACCAUUAAUGAUAGUUAUUGAAUGCUUAUAACUUUAAAUGUGUAGCCUGAAAGUGUGGAAGAGAGGUUGCUGUAAAAGUAUUAGAGAUAUGUAAAGGCGAUGAAGCAAAAAAAAUCAAAGUUGUGUCGUCAUUACUGCGACUUCUUAAAUUUGCAGUUGAAUAUAUGCAAGUGGCUUCAUCAUACUACAUAUACUCACCUUUAGAGCUAGUAUGCUUCAUAACAUCAACAAAAAAGGAUAAAAGGUAAAAAAGAGCCUCAAAGAGAGAAUGGUAGAGAAAGAAAUGUAGUGAAGUUGACCAGUCCGGGAAAACUGCUUUGCCAAAAAAAGAACGUCGCCUAGUUAAAGAUGCUGUGGGGAUGAAAUACAAGAUGAAAUAGGUCACAAGAGCUUCAUGAGUUUCAGUACAACUAUGUAGAAAGUCGUUAAGGUGUCGUCUUAGCUAAAUGAUAAAUUCGGGAUAUUUUAACAACCUUGGCAUGCCUCUUGAAGUGGUGUGCACACUGUCGCACGAAAAGCACACUGUGCCAAUGUUUAUGUGCUUAUCGACAUGUUGCUUUUUUAUUAUGAGUGAUAUAACGACUUUUUUACAAUCUUGUGACCUACAGAGAUGACUUACUCUUCAGUUAGUUUAUAUUUGCACAAUUAACAAUGAGACACGUGGCGUUACAUUGAACUUGAUUGUUUUCGUGAAGGUUUAAGUCCAUAUCAAUUCUUCUUCUAAGAUUGCUUGAGAAAGAACAGGGAGCCAAUGAGAUUGUUGUAUAUUGAUAGAUGUAUUCUACAAACAUGUAAUUAUGGCACCGCAUGGGAGCCCCUUUCCGAGAGUUUAGAAUAGUUGUGCUUUUGACGCCACUACUACUCAGCCAAGAAACAUGGUCCACUUUGUAUGAUUCAGUAGGCUAGAAAAAUGAUCCAGUGAGAGCCCAUAUUACCCAUUUGAACCCUAUUUCGAGGUGUUCAUGCUGCAGAGAUGCAAUUCAGCCUCUAUGUACAUGCUUAAGAUCAUUAUUCCCAACACACUAGCUUAGAAAUGCGAGGUAAAAAGACCCUGUUUAAUCUUUUUUUGAUGAUAGCUUUAGAACUGUAUCUGUGACAGUUUAACUCGCGCUGGGCUCCGUAACUGAUGGUUACCUUUUUGCUUACCCGAGGGGCUCAAGUUUCACAAAACUGUGGUCACUGUUGUCGUAGGUUGAUCACAUCCCUUGACUCCGUCGCAACGCUCGACUUGCGUGCGGCUGCCAUUCGGCAUGUCGAGCAGGGAUAUUAAUUUGCUCUUUGUAAAUACAGCGUCUGCCUGAUCUCUCCUGUACAUAGUGAAGUGCAAGCGAAAAGUUGUUGAUGCUGAACCAUUGUGUCCACUUAAUAUACAAGGGCCGCCUUUUCUCUUCCGCUCUCAUACCGCAAUUGUAGGUGACUGGUAUGAGCUACACCAAUUGUACUUAACAUAGGGCAACCUUUUAUUGCAUAAUAUUCAUCACUGACACUUUAAGAGGUAUUAAACUGAUGCGAGUGUUAUUAGUUUAUGGGGUUUAGUUCGGCGGGCCCCUGUUUACAAAUGAAGUGCUCCUAGCACUUCUGCGGGUUGCAGUGACACAGCUGCGUUAAUGCUUCGGCAGCUGCAAUGUACAUUUCGACAGCACCUCAUCUAGGAGGAUGCCUUCGGUGUUCGUCACAAAACGUGUUGUCAGUGCUGGUCGUAGUGUUUGACAGAAAUUUUUCACCUUCCCCUCAGUUCCACUGGAUACGGUAGUUGGCGAUGAUUGUGGUUUUCGCUUGAAACACCGAUGCGUGCAUGGACACACUACCCCCCACGACAGUAGACUACGUCACGGUGAUAGGGCAGUAGCUCGCGCCAUGUUUUUGCAACCGGCCACAACUAAUGAUGGGACGACCCCAGUGAGUGAACGGGUGACACUGCAAGCAUAUUAUAGGACAUUAACUGCUUCCCAACAUAUCGUAUGGAGCACCUUGAAAGCAAUGCGAAUUUCAAAAUCAUGAUUGCAGGUAGUGUCUCCAUUUCCUGUCUACAUUAGAUACUUACCAAAUCACGACUGCUCCCGUACAUAUCGAUGAACACCAAACUCUUUCGACACUAGGUGGUAUCAUUGACACGCAUAGGAUUGAACAAGCUUGAACAUAUCGAAGAAAAUUUAGAUAAAAUCUAUACCUUGUAUUUUAGAAAACGUGCCCGCAUCUGUGAAGAUAUUCCAAACGGGGUUAAGUACUGUUUUCUGAAGUGAAAAUUUUUAUGUAAUCACUGUGUGCUCCUGCUUCUUGAUCGCCUGCAUUGUUGGAAGUUAAAAACUACAUAAAUUUCAAUAAUAUGCUAUAUGAAUAGGUUUCAUAGACGUGGAUUCUGCUGAGCUUCUCAGAAAAAAGUCGAAACCUCACUGCUUUUAUCUAUUAUUGGUAAAGCAUGUGAUUGAUAAUUCAAAGCGACCAGAACAAUAAAAUUGGCAUUGCUUUAGAAAACUGAAUACUGAACCAAACAUAUCAUAAGAAAACAUUGGGCCAGGGAGAACUGUCUUGCUAAUAGUAUUUGUAUUCAGCCCUUUUUUUUGGCACAGAUCUAAAAUUGGUAUGUUGGAAGCCAUAAAUCUUUGAUGUUCCGUGAAAUAUUGAAAACGAGACGUGUGUGGGUAAGUAAAAAAAAAAACAUUAAAACUUGCAGCAGAUGUGCAUUGAAAGAUCGAUUCCAUGUACUCUUUAUACCUUAUCACAAGGAGCCAUAUGUUAGUGUAAACAAACAUCAGAACAACUUCAUGAAAAUGUGAAAGUGCUGAUUAGCAGAAUAUAAAAUUGAAUCUCGUUAAUUCAAACUCAGAGGAACAUCUGAAUUUUGUUUGAAUUAUCAAGAAGUUUGAAUUAUCAGAAGUUCUCAGAUAGAUUACUCUGGGUGAAGUGACACCACAUGCUAUGAUUAGGCAUUGAUUUUAUCACAAUCAAAAAUUUUUCAAGUGUAUUUAAGUCUUAACUGCAUGCAGCGAACAGAAAGCCGAGGUGUAAAGUCCACAAGUUUAUUGGCCAUUUACUUCUUAUCAGACUUUUUAAAGCAAUCUUGAAUUUACAACUGCUUCAUUGCUAUAUGUGCCUUCAGCACAAAGCUCUCUAUAGCAGUCGAGAAGCAUCACAGUUUACCAUGCGUGUGCUUCGUUUCAAACAUUUGUUUACUUGCACAGCCUUUUUCUUUGAAGGCCUCAGGGGCUUAUGUUUUAUUUUAAGACAGCUAAGGUUACAUAAGCUCACAAUUAUUGAAAUAGUAGUGGGAAAGCAGGAGAUAAUUUCUGGCACAGACCGGCAAAAUGUAUCAUUUAACCGAAUGAAGGAGUUUGAAUUAUGAGGCUUUUAAAUACAUUGAAAGAAUGGAGGGCCAACCAAAAAAUUGAAUUUCGUGUGAAUUAACCGAAAGUAUGUAUUAUCAGAGUUUGAAUUAUCGCGAGUCUACUGUAUUUGGCAUUACACAAUAUUCGGAGCGUAAUAAAAUAACUGGGACAGUCGUUUCAAAAAAAAAAAAAAAAUGGGGAACCCAAGUUCUGAAUCUACUUUACUCAAAGUAGCUAAUCCUGUGCUCAUGGUUAUGGUCUAGAAAUAUUCAGAACUUCUUUUUACGCAGUGACACUAAGCAAAAAAAUCAAGACAGGGGACAAGUGAUGCAAAGACGCAACACUCACUUGUAUCUUUAAUCCCUUGUCACUCAUCUUGUAUUUGCAUUUAUUACUAUUAUUAUUGAUAACAAUGGCAAUAAGCCAUAUUAAGAUACACUUUAGCCUAGCCAAACAUAUCGCUGGGCCAGAGUGCUUACACGACCUAGACAUCAAUUGCGUUUGGUAACACUGCUACAGAUUUGUGUCACUGAGAUGAAAAGGUUGUAUUAUCACCACUGUGCUGUGAUGAGAAUGGCAUAGUUGAAGGUGGUGUUAACUUGGGCUCCUUUUAUCUGUAUUUGUAACAGCGUAUGACAAUAACGAUAAGUUGUUACCAAAAUCAGUUCAUGUGGUCCAGAAGCCUGGUUUAGUUAUGCUCAUGCAUCUGUGUAACUGCAGACCCAAAGUAAAAUAGCAAGAAAUCGAAGUAAGCUAUCUAUACCUCCUGGAAGAUGAAAACAGAAUUUGCCAUCAGCACAAAAGAAAUCGCUGUUAUGAUCCUGUAUGUGCAUCCAAUCGCUGAUGUACUAAGGCAGCGAGUUAUUUCUCUUGCCUGCGGAAGACAUUUUGCACUGUAGAAAUACAAGCAACAGAUGUUCUGUAGAAUGCGUGUCAUUACAAAAGAGAGGUGAAGUCUUGGAGCGCAUGUUCGUCGGACUGCAGAAAAAAGUUGUGAUAGCAGGCACCGGGCUAUCACUACAGAAGUAUCUUUGGAUUAACGCUAGAAAUCUGUUGUAACACCACAAAGGCAUGUUCACACAAUGUAGACAGAACAGAGCUUCAUGUGAGGUUAGUACAACCGCAUGUCAUGUUCCGAAAUACAUCAGUUUUAAGUUGUCGCAGUAUCUCCUGUUUUCAGGGGAGAUACUCUGAAGUUGUUACUGGCAGGCGCUUAGGACCGAAAAAGGAAAGGGGGAGGGUUAUGGAAGAUGCGUACCCGGAAGUUAUGUGACAAACCAGAAGUUGCAUAACAGAAGUGAGGUGUAGCCCAGAAGUCGCUUGAGGGGCAGCGGGGAGUGAUGUCAAAAGGCAGAAGACUUAUCACGAAGCCCUGGCGGACAAUCUAUAACCACCAUAUUUCUUAUGGUGCCAUUCCACAAGAAGUUUUCUUAUGUCACGGCACUCUACAGGCCACGCGGGUUUAGAGUGGAGGGAUGCGGUCAGCCAUACUGUUGUUACCAUAGCUAAGCUCCCUCCAACACCACGCGAUUCGAAUACUUUUUUUUGUUUUUGUGCAUAGGGUGGGUAGCCGUGUGUCUCUGUCACUCGCGUCAUUUUUCUGCGCUUUGUACGCCGCGUCCCACGUAGGGGAGUUAUCUAAGUGUCCAUUCCCAAGUUGUACACAGACCCGUCCUCGCGACAUCUUCAGCCAGACGCAUAAACAUGUUCAUGGCGGCUUGGCGGUGCACUGCUGUCAUAAAUGGGGUGGCAACUAGCCAUUCUCAGUGUAUGUAAAAUAUUAAUUUUUCAGAUAAGUGAAAUAAGACGACGCCCCAGCCCAUCUUGCUGAAUACCCUGUUCGAUGAACAGUGAUUUCCCAAGUAAUGAAUCUCGAAUCUGUGAUGUAACCCCCAUUGUGUCAACUAAAUAUACCUAACCUCCUGUUUUAAAUUUGUGCAAUCACCUAAUAUGGUGUUGAGUGUAGAAUGCAGUGCUGCUGGUGAACUGCGCAUGUAAAAAAAACUAAGAAGAAUAAGCAAGUACUGCUCUGUCAUGGCGUGCUUCGUAAUAAAACUUCAUGUAGCUCGUCCAACCCAAAUUAACGCAGGAUGAAAUUGUCAUUCACCUGCUUUAGGCAUGAAACCAUAAGGAAAUGCUGACUGAUUUCUGAGAAAAGAAGUUUAUUAGCCGAGAGAACACUUGUUUGUGUCCACGCUAAUUCUGGAAGGUUGUGAAUAACACUACCUUUUUCAUGAGUAAAUACUUUCCCAUCAUAUGAAUUGCAGUAAAGAUGAUUUGCUACAGGACUUAUUUUUAACUUACAUAAGCCCACGUGAAGCACUACAGAAGAGCCUUUUAAGCUGACUGAUAAUAACCGUUAUUUGGCGCCUCAAAGAUUUACAAUGAACUGGCGCAAAAGAGUUAAGGUAUGGCUGCCUAAAGUUUCUUUGGAAGUAAAAUAAGAGUACCCAACUCAUAAACAGGCUAGUAGCAUGCAUUAAUUGCGAUUCAUAAACUAAAAUGUAUGAGGUUAAAAUCAUAAUGUGAAUAUAACAUGUGGACACAGGGUUUGCUGCUUUUACGGCAGCAGCGCACCGCCUUAAGCCAGGAGAGGUGGAUUAAGGAAACUCAGCAUUUCUAAAGUUCGUCCAUCAAAAAAUGCAGUGCCCAUUGGUGUAAUUUUUCAGCUUUUUUUUUUUUUCCAGCCAAUUUUUAAGUUUAAUAUGCAAAAUAACGUAUGUUCCACUUUCCAAAAGCUUUGGCCGAGCCGGGGUACUUGAAUGAACUUGUAAUAAUACUUCCAUGGCUCUUAACGAGGUUAGAGAUGACAAAAAUCAAACAAUGCUCAAGAUGUAGAGUUGAGUUGAUUGUAAUAAUUAUUGUGUGUUGAAGAUUUUUCACUAUCACUGAUUAGUUAGCAAGUUUGUUGCAUUUGGAAAGCCCACCAGAUUGAUUAGUUUUGCUGGUUACCAUAGUUACCGAAUAUAGACCCUUUAACUGUUUACAAACACAGACUCUUGUUUCAUCUGCCGAUGUGCCGGAAUAGUAUACGUGGGCAAGAAGUGCGUUAGAAAAUAGCCCGCUGAUUUUCUACACUUUCCUUUCGUCAUUUGGCAAAAUAUAUUCAAAUAAAUGUUCUUUUGAGCUACACAAAAGCUACAAGAGAUCGCCUUGAACAUUACACACAUUAUUUUCAAUCUGAAAAACUGAUGAAAGACUUUCCUUACUAUUUAAAAAACGUGAAAACGACUUUUCAGUUUCCACGUUACGAGUUGGUAAAUGAAAUGUUUUUUUUGUGCACUACGCUUGCAAUUUUGAAACCGUCUAAAAUAACAAAUAAUGUCCAUGGUUGGCAGAGGUAGCGCCAAACGUACUUCUAUUAGAGCUAGAAGUAGAAACGGCUUUAAAUAAUUUAUGCCAUGAUUACUGCAGAGAUGGUUACUUUUGAUUUGCAAAAAUAGUGCGUGUAUAACUUUUCGUGCUUUUGCAGCGAUGAAAUGUGUGGUUUGAAUGCUAUUAGAACAGCACAAUAGCUAAAGAGUUAGCCUCCACUUGUCGAAAGACUGUGCUAGCUGAAAAAAAAAAAAAGCAGAAUGAUAUGCUGAAAAGCAUUUCAAUUAAAAAAUUGUUCAGACUGGGAACAAUGUACCCUAUUCCCGCGAGACGCCUUAGCACUUGAGUUACGUACUUGUAUCUUAGCUAUGUUGACAAACUUUAAGUAAUUGAAAGAUACAUGUUGUGAUAUAGCCAAGAUUGAGCAUCCAAAAAUGCUACUUGGUCAUCAGUCUGCAUUGAUCUGCGUAGGUCUUCUUUCUUUUCUAACGAAACAGUCAGAAGGGCGAGUCGUUUGUAUGCUUGAAUAGUGAAAAUUACUCAGUAAUCAGGUCACCGUUCAGGCAAUAUAAAGAAGAAACGCCGAGUUUCCUGUUCACAAGUUUUGGCAUGCAGUGUCAAUGAUGCCUGUCUUGCUUUUUGAUGAACCAAGUUUGGUGUCGGGCCAAGGACUGUCAGGACAUGGUCUUUGCCCGCAACCAAUGUAAGAAUGAUGUGACGAAAUAAUAUUUAUUUGAAAUAACAGUAACACAGAUUAUCUAAAAUUGUUCUAACAAGUCCGAAAGUAGAAUGGAGGUGACAACUGCAAAAAUGUAAAAUUCAUGAACACUUUGGAGCCUAAUAAUAAUAACUGGAAAUGACGCAUUGGAGAUAUCUGCUGACAUAACCGACUUAUAACUGCAUGAAUUUCGGUUCCCGGAAAGGAAUUGUCUUGGAACAUAACAAAAGUUGACAAUGUUUAUAAUGGCCAGGUAUGUUUGCAAGCUGAUCGAGAAUUUCCAACUUAUGAAAGCUUUCCCAGCGGCGUCUAGAAUGAGAUUUUUCGGCUGACGGUAAAGCGCUACCGCAGUGCUUCUUCAUAGCAUUGCAUAAAGUUCGAAUGCUAAAAGCCUGUUUUAGGCAAACAAUAUCAAGACAUGCAUCAGUGGCACUCUAUGCGAGCCGCCCGUUUGAAUUUUAGGUAUAGUGUGUCGUGUUUCACUGAGAUCGUCGUCAGAGCACUCAACUUGUACACAAACUGCAUGUCACAGAGCGCUAUGCUCCGGCGACGUGCUACCUGGUGAAGCUUGUAUUUCGGGGAAAGGGUACAUGUCCAGUGAGUAAUCAGUAGCUUUAUUUUUCUUUUACUUAAUGGGGAUGGUGUUUCUUUAUAAAAACACUGCUUGAGGGAGAUCUCUGCAAAGUUCACGCUCAAGGGAGUUUAUAUUGCUCAGUAACGAGAUUGUAUUUAUGUGAAUUAUAUCCUCAGUUACAGCCGUCAUGUCAGGCUUCAUUUACCUACCCAAGGAUGUUCCAAGAUGUUCAAACUAACAGAUGACAUUUUAGGCGGGACGUUCUUAGUCGCACUGACCCUUACGUUUCUAUUAGAGUAAAAGCCCUAUCUGGGACGUUAUAGUGGAUAUUUGUUUCCUGAUUUGUCCAUUUACUUGAUAAUAAGGUGACCGAAAUUCAGUGGCAUUUCAAAAACGUGGAGAUGUUUAUGACAUUUUGCACCUUUACAUUGAUUACUGAAAAAACAAGCAUAUUAUAUGCCAAUUCAGUUAAUUUUCUUUCUUUUCCAAUUGCAUUUUAUAAUUGUACAGAGUGCUUAACUUAAGCUGUUGUGUCCAAGCAGCACAGCACUUUUUGUCAACUUGAAUGGGCAAAAAUAAACACGAACUGUGAAUUUAAACCGCACCCUAUUCUUUGCAAAGAUGGCUUUCUUGCCUAAGCAAGAACAUUUUACAGUCAUGCAGAGAUUCGGCCUAACUGAGUUUGUUGAAUGUGUAAUUAGCACCAUUUAGCGUAACACUACCUAUAGUCUAUUGCAAAGUCUACCACUACAAUGUGCAAUUAGGGAUCAUGUGCGUUUAAUAACAAAAUUACUUCUCAUGCCUCUAAAUUUUCAAUAAGUUCUUUGAGUAGUUAACUUUAAUUGACUGACAGGGUAAGAUUUGCGGAGAUUUCCCUGGAUUCUUCCCAUCUAUGCACUCCCCAUUGCUUUCGGAAAAAAGGCUGCCUUGAGAAAGGCAGCCCGUCAUGCCUUGGGAAAGCUUGUGGGCUUUGCUGAACACAUCACGUGUAUUCUGCUGUCCUAGAUUUAGAUACGUCGAUCUCUGUGUAACACCGCUAUAGUGUAGGGCGAGUGACACCAAGACCUUUGCGGAGGUUUAUUAUUUUCUUUGUGUAAUUCGUAAUAACCCACAGUUGUUGUCACUAUCCUUUAAGACACCAACUACAACUACAGAAGACAAAGCACUUCUACUUGCAGAGCUGAAAUCAAAAUGUUGAAAGCAUCUGCAAUACGGUUGAGAGCUGCACUACUGAAAGUUAUGAAAGACUCCGUAAGUAUCCAAACGAUGUCCGUGCAGUCAACACGUUACGGAAUGCUGUUCCAGCGUUGAGUAAUUUAUACAGAGGCGAACUUCCAGCUCGAAGCGUUCAACCAAAGCAUGCAUUGUUAACAUUGGCCCAUAAAUGCAGUAAUCCUUGUGCGUGUGUUCAGAGGAGUUGCUCCGCGAUAGUUUUUCUUGCUAAAACAUAACACAAGAAAGUUUGUCUGUAUUUCUAGGUUUCCUCCGAUGUUUGCGACAGUUGCAUUGUUUCAGUUUGAAAGUAAAACAGUGUUGCUGGCAUGCGAUAUAGGAUAGCCAGAAGUAUCAUAUUUUAUUUUUACUCAAGAAGUGUAACACUUGAUUGAAAUUGUUGCUUAUUAACAACGCUGUUUAAAAACCCAUAUAACCUGGUGUUGUGUUCGAGGCACUACAACUGCACCAGUGUGAAUCAGCUAUUCGUGGUGUUAAGUCGAUUGCUUAUGCAUCGACCCUAACAAAAGACUGUUUAGAACAAAUCAUUAUACACAGUUGUUGCUGUUGAACCAGUCUUCAAAGUAUGUAGCAUUGUGGCCCACUAAAAGAAAGUUAAAAAAAGAGUUUAUAAAGCUUGUAGCUCAUAGCUUCCUGAUGUGCAGUCGAGUGCAGUGCACAUUGCAUGAAUAUGUGUCACAUUGUAGUUUACAUAAUUAUUACCGGUAUGCUCUAUGAAACAUGAACUUGCGGGCUUCGAAGUACAUAUCUGAAACUUGGCGAAAUCGUCCAUAUCAGGAAAAUAAAAAUAGAGGCUGAUCCUAAUGAACACGUUCUAGGCAUGCAAUACAACGAAAACACUAGCAAAAAUUGAUUGGUUAAGAACAGUGCUAUGUGUAAGUGUACCUUGUUUUAAAUUAUAUUCAAGUGAUUGAAGAUUUGGUUCAUUUCUACAAUACAACCACUAUUUCGGUGACAGGGAUGAAACAUGCGAAUUUGACCGAAAUUAUUCACCUCUAGCUCACGUUUCACAGCAGAAGCUGCCAUGAGAUCACAGCUCGGGUCAUGCGUAGUUGUCCGCCGCCACCACCGCCACCGGUGUCUGUAACCACAUCGUUCGAUAUUAGAAAAAAAAACUUCACCAAUGAAACAGUGGUGCUUAAACCCAGUUCGGCUGCAUGCCAAUUAGAAAAGGAAAACUUCACCAAUGAAACAGUGGGGCUAAGUUAGCCUUCGAUAUUAGAAAAAAAAACUUCACCAGUGAAACAGUGGUGCUUAAACCCAGUUCGGCUGCAUGCCAAUUAGAAAAGAAAAACUUCACCAAUGAAACAGUGGGGCUAAGUUAGCCUUAGCUAAGUUAUGCCGGUGCUUGUAACUUGUUGUCAAACUUGCCUUAGGCAGGCUUGACCUAGCACCUAUGACACAGUGGGGCUCUAACCCGGGUUCGCUAGGUGCGAGCCCAGUAUUCUACCACUGAGCUACACCGGUGUUUGUGACUUGUUGUCAAACUUGCCUUAGGUAGGCUUAAUGGCGGAAAGCAAUCGUGAUAAUACGACAUACAGGCCGUUUUAAAACAGCAAAAGAACAACCAGUCAUCACACAAUGCGAAUAGCAUAACAAGUGGGUCGUCCAAUGCUCCUACCCAUCACAAAAGCUUGUCCUUGUUUCCCUGUUAACUGUGGCGCAUACCCACUUCAGCCACAAUUCGUCAUCGUCAUCAGCCACUGCUUGAACAAUUAGCACAAAAUUCUUUGCAAGUGUUUAGCGGAUACCACGCUUCUCAGAAGAAUGACGAAAAGUAGCAUAGGGAAUGCCUGCCUACUACCCAAAUAAGUUUAAUAAUAAUUACCUAAUGGGUAUCAAGUAAGUGUGCUUGCAGUCGUUACCCAAUGAUUGUUUAGAAAAGGCUCUGAAAGGCUGCUCUUCUAGCUUUCGCUGUGACUGAAGCCUGCCGUUUUUUAAGAGUGACUAGGUUUAACUUAUUAAGAAGUCUACAUUGUAGUAUUGUAUUUCGUGAUAAAACUAUUCACAAAAAAGGACCAUUUGUUUGUGGUAAGGGUGCCUGGCAACCUACACAUGGCGAGAAAUUGUGCUUAUAAAAAUGGUAGCUCUUAGAGCUGCUCAGAGCGCUCUGAUAUUUUUUUUUAAUUUAGAAAUUUUACACUGUUGUAAGUGAGCUGUUACGGCAAUGUUUGACUUAGUGCUUUUAAAGGAAAGCAUGAUACGCUGUUCUAAUUUUGCAUAAUAUUUUUUUUCAAGUUUUAACGUAUGCAUUCACUAGUGCAGUACAUUCUUUACGCUAAUCUGUUUUUUUUUUGGUACCUCAGCUACUUCAAGCACAUUGGCCCCGUUUUGGUAAACAGUUUAUGUUUUCAAAUUUACUUAAUUUUUGUCGUAAGCGAUGAAGGUACACAUUGUGAAAUAAUAUUCUGUUUUUUUUUUUUCAGCCGGGAUUACAUAAUUAUAGGUGUUGAUCACUGGAGCACUUAUUAACAGAAUAGAUUCCUAAGUGGAUAAAAAAGUCACGCACGAUACUAAUGUUGCAGGAUUUCUAUGCUCUUUACCUGUUUUUUUUGUUGUUGUGGUUCAGCAUUCUUCUUUCUUGGGCUGUUUUGCUUCUAUGAUUUAACACCUGUAUAAAGCUGUGCAAUGUGCGGCUAUGAACAUGAAAAGAAAGAAACGUGCCGCUGGUUUUGGUAAAAAAUUACUAUUGUUCUUCCCAAUAGCCAUGUGAGAGGUUCACUGUGCACUCUACUUUGUUUAUUAAUGGCACCUUAGACACGACAAAUGCCAAAGCGUACAAGAAAACACUGUUGCACGAGCUUUCGAAAAACGCCUUGUCGGUGUUGUAAGCAUAUCAGUUUUCUUUGAAGAGACCAGUGAAGUGUUUUAGAGGUGUUUCCAGCAUAUUUCUGAGAGGAAGUUUGAGGAAUUUUCAUGCCAAUACUGUUAUUGUUUCGUGUUAUUUCCUCAAACACAAGUGGCAGCUUAUGACCGCAUUGUCGUUCAUUGUGUGUUUGCAACAAAAAUUUGAUCGAGUACGGUCUACCUUGCAGUGAUGAAGCUGUACGUAGUUAUCCCUAACUAGCGAAACGUUAUUGCAGUCAUCCCCAACGGCUUCUCCCUUUUUGAUAGGUGCAGUUUUAAGGCCACUUUUUUAGUUCGCCUAAAAAAAAAAUAUCUGUGCGUAUCAACUAUCGCAGUCUUCGGGGAGACUAUCGCCAAUCUUCUUUGAUGCGCAAUUGGUGUGCAUUUUGGAGGACCACCUAUCUUUGUCUAUAUUUGCCAAUUUUUCAUAAUUAUAGGUGGCUUAUAUGCUUCAGUUCUUGAUUCACGUCUUGUCGAAUGAGUGACAGAGUUUAAAGCAUUUAUCCGGCAAGAUCUAACACACCUGUGAUCACACGAUUUACUUCUCGAUGCUUUAGUGCGGUGUUACUUACCAGAGGAGUACUGGCGCUGUUUAACCAACUAUCUUAUUCAAUUUCUGCACGUUGUGUAUUUUGCUUGCUAUCUUUAUAAUCGUUUUGUAAUUUACAGUGUGGCUGGUAAAUGAAAGGGAUUGCAUGAAUAGGUGUUAUUUAUUCUGAUUGCUUGCUUCUUUGUCAAAAUGUGUGCUAUUUUUUAUGUGGAAUUACGAUGCGUGUUGUCUUUUGAUGUUGGUGUUGAUGGGCAGUAUGUUGGCAAAGGAAAUACAGAGUGUAUUGUACAAGAUGUUUAAUUGUACGCUUACCACAUCUUCUCAGUUGAGGAGCCAUUGCACGCAGUAGGUUUUUAUUCGCUGUUGAUUGUACUAACAGAUUUUAUGUUAAAAGUAAUGAACAUGUACUGAUGUCGCAAAAGCUAUUUUCUAUGAAGAGUCGAUCUGAUUAGAAUAGUCACAACAGCUUCCCAGAUAACCUUGUAAGGUUGAGGUUUCAAUCUAAUCACUUCAACAUUGAAAACACUUGAUGUUUCAUUGAUUGAAUAGUGAAGAAUAAUCACACUUAGCACAAUGAUUGAUUAGAAGCGAGGCUGCACCAGUGCAUAUUCUGCACUUGAUAUGUUCAGCUAAAUUUGGCAGUGUGCGUAGAAACAUAUUUUUCAAAUUUAUGUGAAAUUUAUGUCCCAAAGCAGGGCUUAAUGUUGAAACAGAGCGGUGUGGUAAGUGAAUCACUCGGAAUUCAUCUUAGCUGUGGGUGCACCAUAACUCACCUGUUUUUAUGCGUUAUCAUGAUAUAUGUGCACAUUGCCGGUGUCUUGCACAAUCGCCAAUGCCGAGCACAAUAUAUGAUGCUUCAUUGUCUCUGUCUCGAUUGUUUCGUCGUAACCUCUAAUGUUGGUGGUAUAAAGUAUCACUUUCUUUGCUACCUGUAGGCAUCGGAUCUUCAAUCACCAAUCAAUGGCCUAUUCUGUGACAUAUCUCUGGUAUUGUUGCCAUUGUUGGGACGCUUGAUUCCUGGACACACCGCUGAUGCUACCUUUCACAAACAUUGCUUAUUGUAUCUGCUGACACUGCUGUGACAUUCAGUUUAGUCACAAAUGCAACAUUAAGAAAGUGUCCAAUUUAGAGCAAAGCGUCCAGUUUAUUCUUUUAUGACAGUGCUUCAAGUUUCUCUCUCUCUCUCUCUCUAUAUAUAUAUAUAUACAUGAAUGCAUGUGUUUGUUGUAUUACAGCACACUAGAAUCUCAAAAAAAAAAGUUGCCAAAAUAACCGGCUGCCUAAAUUUUCCCAAGCAUGCUUAGGGUAUGUGUUCGAGAUCUUUCGCUUCAAACAUUUUUUUUUCAACAGUUGACUUUUGUAUGUAUUUCUACCAGAUGUAUUUUUAUGUAUACAUUAGGCUAUGGUUAAGUGGUAUUUAUUGUUAGGGUUGGCGAUUUGAUGAGCUCUUUUACAAGUUAGCCUCACAGUGGCGCACAGGGCCUGUCUAUUUUUCAGAAUCACUAGCAACAUUUUAGCCAUUGACAGGCUAAAGACAUUGUAAUUUGUAAGUUUAACAGUGGCAUCAAGUUAUUUAUUUACCUGGUGCAUCAAGAGCUCUCUCAGAAAUAAAAGCAAAAAAAACUUGGGAAGCGAGGGUUUUAUUAACAUAGAGUUUUGUUUAUUUGCAGCGUGUAAUUGUAGUUAUCGACACUCAAUGCCUCACAUGUUGUUUCAUAAGUGACACAAGUGUCUGUUGUAGUGAUAAACACUCGGGAUUAGUUCAGAAUUACAAUGACAGGCAGCUAUUGACGUGCUGCUACUUCAGGCCCAAUCAAUCGCUCUAAAAGUUUCCCCAGACCAUUUGCCAUGUGAGAAACUGGUGAUUACCUAUUGAGUAAGGACAAUUCACAUUCACAGUAAUACCGCAAAGGAAAUAAAAUAUGCACUGACAACUAAAUAAGCACAUGGUUUGAAACAUACAAUGAAGCACUUCUUGUGCUGGCAGCAGAGAAACAAAGUGGAACUCGAGGAAGGCGACUGCAAUUAUUCCUUUGCAUCUUGAUUUUCGUGGACGUUGUCAUUCAUGAAGGCGUAAAUUUUUCAUGAUUUGUACUUUUUUUGGGGUCACAGUGCUGUGUCCACUGAUUGCUGCACGAAGGUCCGAUGCCAUCACCUCCUUCACGGGUUAGUCACUUGACGAACCCACUUCAUGUCAUUCCCGUGUGUAAUUUUCGCACUUUUGUGAGAAAAAAAAAAAAAAAAAACAGUGACCAGCGUCGUUCGCGAAGCUUUCCAAGCUAAACUGUGGCCCGCUCAUAGACGUGCCGAAGGUAUUUUCUAUACGACGAAUUCUUCUCACCGUCUCUCCUUGCUAUACCACAACCAAAUCACUACACCUAUUUUACUACGACCCACUUUACGGUGCUGAAACAAAAACUAUGGGAUGAAAAAAGAAAUUUUUGCUGUUCUGCCACACAAAUACACACGCACACUUAGCAUAUCUGUAUAAACACUACACCGUGAUUGGGGAGAUAUGUGAUUGCUUUAUCCGUAUUGCGUCAUAUCGUGAGUGCUUGUAUCUACACGCCAUCAUAUUAUGAUAAAUAUAUAUACAUACGAUUAUAUUAUUAUUAUGUAUACACGUGGUCAUGGUCAAUGAUCACCAGUUUACUGAAAAAUGAUGUAAUAAAGGCACCUCUUUGAUUACGCCUC